AUGGAGCAGUCAUCGGCUCAACACCCAAUGUCGGGUGGGUCGCAUGCUGCCCCCGGGCAGGGUCAGUUACCUCCUGGUUAUUGGAACGGCCUCGAUGCCUUGUUCCCCGAAUCUCAGCUCCAGCCUGGUCAAGGUCAGGAUCCAUCCACGCAACAAACUCCGAUGGGGAUUAGCUGGGACCACCCGAUUUUUCAACAGCAGCAGCAACAACAGCAACAAAACCAGCAGCCCCCGCAGUCUCAGAAUCCCCUUCAGCCCCAGACGCAGUCGAACCAUGGGAUCUAUUCCGCCAUCCCGCAGACCUGGCAACAGAACCCUCUCCACCAAGCGCCCGCGAGCUAUGCAAUUCCAUCACAAUUUCAACCGCACCAGCAGCUCCCGCAGUACCCACAUGACCAAAUGGCCUUCGAUUCACGGCCCUUGACGCCCUCAGAGAGCUCUGCGUUUCCGACGUAUACCUACCAACAAAACUACUACCACCCACAGCAGCUCGCGGUGCAGGAACCUUUGAUCGAACGAUCGACGCAACAUCAGCAGCCGACUGAAUUUUCGACCACGGCACCUCGAUCGUCGAUAUCUCAGUUUCACCUCCCUUCUCCCUACCAAACAGAACUGCCUACCAUCGACCUCACCAAUGACUUCCCCCAUGCCGAGUCUCACCAAACCAUCAACCCGCAAUUCCUCAGCCCUACGGCUCCGACCCCCAACCAACCACAGCAGCAGCAACAACAGCGUCAACAGCGACAGCAACACGUGCCAAACAACUUUUCAUACGCGGUCCCUGCCGAAUUUCAAGGAGCUGACGGGACGAUGUUCAACUACUAUCAAAAUGACUUCUCCGUGCAACCUCAAGGCAUCCCAUCCAAUCUUGGAAUGCCACAAAUUGCUGCCAGAGGUCAUUCUACACCCGCUGGAUUUCCUGCGCCUCCUGAUGUUGUUAUCACAAAUACAACUAAACCUGCCGCCAAGAACAAGCCAAAGGCCAAAAAGCCCACUGCAAAAGUGAAGAACGCACAGACAAAGUCGGAUAGUGAUAGCUCGGAUCAGUCGGAUUCGGAAAUUGAAGCCCCAGAUGAGCCUUCUCCGAUCCCCUCAACUCGAUCAAACGACCCUGUGGAAGGUGCCAAAUACGAUACCAUGAAAGCAGUUUGGUCUCCCAGAAACAAGCGUCCAACACCGGACAAAGUAAAGAGUGCGCUUGUGGCCUUCCCAAAGAUCAUCAAAACUCUACGUGAUGCAUGGAAGGACCAGGUUCAAGCAAUGAAGCUGGCAGAAAACCAAGGUGACAAUGACAAAUUUACGGUUCUUAAGAAAGACGUCGCACUGCAGCGGCAAGUCAUGGACAGCAUCGUGAGAACUGCCUUGGAUAUGGGCCACCCCAUGAUUGUUGAAAAGCUUGGAGAACACCCCAUGGCGGUCAUUCCUAUUUACUCCUUCCUGGCUGAGCGCUUCCAGUCAGUCGAUUAUGAUGGUUCUUUGACUGUCAACUUGCUCAAGCUUCUGGAACGAUUCGUCACCGUAGAUGAAGAUUUGCUGCAAAAAACCAACCUUAGCAAAAUCCUUCCGAAGUUUGUUAAGAAGGGAGGCCCGGUUACGAAGGAACUUGCCCAGAAGAUUUUAGAAAACGCUUCUGCCUCUACCAAGAGAAAGCAGAAUAAUGCAAAGACCGGAAAAGAAGAUCCGCCUGCGCUCAAGGCGCCCCUGCGAGAUUCACCCUCGGCUGACGUUGCGGGAACCAAACGGGCACGCGAUGGAGAUAGUAACACGCAUCCCGCAACAAAGAGGAUGGUUGUCGCACCGAACGCUAAGGAAGCGAGCAAAGCUGGGCCUGCAUCUAACGGACCCGCUAAGAGUGGCCCCAACGGAAAGGCAGCAGCAACAGCAGCCCCUCGUCCGCGAACGAAUAUUGUCGCGCCCAAGCCUAGUAGUCUUUUUGGUACGCUGAGCUCUGCAUCAAAGAGACCCGGAACAACCAACGCUGAACGUGCUGCCGCGGCCGCUGCCGCAAAGUCGACACCCAGCGCAGAAAAGAAGGAGAAACCGGCGGCUCCUCCCAAGUCCACGUUUUCGUUUGGUGAUAUCAUGGCCGACUUGAGCAAACCCAAGGACGCCCCCUCAACCAAAACGACCGAGGAAAAAACUCCCGAAACUGAGGAAGAACGUGAAAAGCGAGUCAGAAAAGAGUCUAGGCGGAAGUUGCGCGUCACCUGGAAGCCUGAUGACUGUCUCGUCGAGACUCGGCUAUUUACUCAUGAUCCCGACGAAGAACUUGGCCCCGGUGAUAGCUCUCUACGUGGAGUAGGUGACGUGAAGGGUGAGGGAAGUGUAUUGAAGCUCCAUAAAGAUCUGGAGGAGCUAGAGGAGGACGACCUUGGUGGUAUCCGUGAGACGAACAUCAACGACUACCCUAUCCCCACUUUGAUUGACAUAGUUUAUGAAAAUGGCCAAACGAAGGCGGGCAACUUCGUGAAACGUGGUGGUGACCAAAUGCCAUUCAGCCCAGAAGAGGAGGCACAGAAGCAUCGAGAAGCAACGACUCUGAUGACCUACUAUAACUCUCCUGCCGACGUUCCCCCGACACCCAAGGAGCCUUCUGCGCCUGAGUCCGGUACUGAAGAGGCUGCCCCUGAACUGGUUUUCUUUGGAGAAUCGGCGGAGGACUUUGUCAAGGCUCGGCAAGAACGCUAUUACGCUCAUGUCAAUCCCAAGCUCACAGUGGCACCUGCACCUCUAUCACAGCCUGCCACUGCCCCUGGAGGAUUCGAUAUCUCCAACUUGCUGAAGCUCAUCAAUCCUGCUUUGCAACAACAACAGCAAUCUACACCCCCUCCUCAGCCACAACCGACACCUCCACAGGCUCCUGCGUCAGAACUGGAGCGCACCAUCGGCAAGUUCCGACAACAGCAGAGCCAAACACAACCGCCCCCACCUCCACCGGCCCCUGUCAGCCAGCCGACAGCGACGCAGGAGAUUGACUUCCAGAAGAUCUUCAACGUCAUGCAGCAGAUGCAGGGAUCUACUUUCCCCCAAGCUCCACAGAGCCAGGCGGGAAUGGCCCCCAAUCUGGGUGCCAUGUUUGGGCAGCAGUUCGGUGGCCAAAACCAAAUGCCUAACCAUAAUUCUUCCUAUGGCCAAUCCUACGAGGAUCCAGAACGUAAAAGAAUCCGCGAAACGAGCCAAUCAGAAGAGUGGAGUCGACAGAAGCGGACGAAGGCUGGUGGUCCUAUGCCGUAUAAAGUAGGCGUCGUUCCUUGCAAGUUCUGGGCAGAAGGCAAAUGCAGAAAGGGCGACAAUUGCACAUUCCGCCAUGAUCCUCAAUAA